CCCGCGCGUCCUCAGUUAUAUCCGCACAUAGAGCACCGGAAAAGAGGUUCGCGACACCACACUUCAUUUUCAUAAUUGGUCACUUUCAUUUUCACAUUGGGGUUGAGGGUGGCGUGAUCGUCCUCUGCCUAGAGCGGCAGUUUAGCUUGCUCCGGCCCUGGCUGUGAGCAACGCCUCUAAAGCGGUGCUGACGGAUCCACAAUGCAAUUCGGCAACACCUGACGUCACCCAUUCAAAGUGAAUGGGAAGCGUUGACGUUGACGCCCCGUGUGAAUAGGGCGUAAUUCAGUUACCCAGUCUGUGACUUGUAUGAAUGUUUGUGUCCACCAGGGAGCGAUCACUUAACAUUGUGACAACAUGCGAAAAUUAUCAAUAGCAAUAUAUAUAUUCACUUUUAUAAGUGGAAAUUGAGUAUUUAAUGGAGCUAAACGUGUGGCAUGCCCCUGGCCUCCCCUAUAUAUUACCAAACAACAAUUAUCCGACAUUUUGGCUAAAAAAAAGAGAAAUUACUCAGCCUGUGACUUAUUUUAAGGUGUUGUCCAUUAGGGGGCGUUCCCCUAAUAGCGUGACGCCACGCGAAAAUCGUCAAAAGCCUUAAAAUUUAAAUGUACUUUUAGGAUAUGAGAUAAUUCACCCUGAGUCUGCAGUUGAGGUAAACCUGUGACAGCAUGCCCCGGUCUCCAUUUAAGCACAUUCUUCUCCAUGAGCGCGCAGCAGCGUGAACGCGGGCGUUGCGCAAUACGCGUCAUCUCCGAGGGGCGUAGUCCUCAGAUCGGGCUGAUUUUCACCGGAGCGAGUUUUCGAUGCCCCGGGCGGCGUCACACACACAGGUGAGUGCGCGCGGAAUGCCAGGAAUGCGCGGGAGACAGCGACGCAUGCGCACGCGGGAGGAGCGUGUGUGAACUCGUCAGCUGUGAGGCUCUCGGAGAACACUCUGAUCAUGAGCUCUUCUUGACAAACUUCAGCACAGGAACAUCUCUCAUCUGCAGGUGUUCUCAGGCCUGAGGGAUAUGGACGCUCUGAAGAAGGAACUGGAGGAGGAGCUGAAGCUCAGCACUGAAGAUCUGAGGAGUCAUGCCUGGUAUCAUGGACAGCUGCAGCGCGAGGCUGCAGAGCAGUUGUUGGGCAGAGAUGGAGAGUUUCUGGUUCGGGACUCGAGCACCAGCGCUGGCGAUUACGUCCUGACCUGCAUGUGGAAAAAUCAACCCAUGCACUUCAAAAUCAUCCGCAUCACACUGCGACCCAAACAGGGUUACACGCGGGAGCUGUUUCAGUUCGAGAACGAUCAGUUCGAUAACAUUCCAGCGUUAAUUCGCUUCCACGUCGGCGGCCGGCGUCCGAUAUCACACUCCACUGGAGCCGUCAUCUUCCAGCCAAUCACACGCACUCUGCCUCUACGCAUCAUCAGCGAGCGGCAGGCUGCCAGAUCAAGCUCCGCCCACCUGAUGCGGAGCCAGAGCAAGAGGCGGAGCCUGAGUUCUUCUCAGAAGGACACGCUGCAGGUCAACACCAACAACCUGCUCAGGAGUGGCAGUCAACCUGCUAAUCUGGAGACAGUGGGGAGACCGUUUCUACAGUCUGCACAAUCUGACAGUAACCUCCGCACAGGUGUACCUCAGAGCUGUCAGUCACAGGACUCCGACCCCGCCCCCGUCUCUCCAGUGUUCCGCACAGGAAGUGAGCCUGUCCUCAGUCCUGCUGCAUCCUGUGCCACUCCCGCCGGCCAGUCAGCUCUGGGCGUUUCUCCUCUGUGUGGCUCUGAUGGUCAGCUGCAUUCACGAGCUCCACCCAAACCCCUGCGCAUCUCCAUCAUCUUCAGCCCCACGCAAACUGACCCGGAGUCAGAUCCUGCCGACGUCUAUGGAGAGCUGGUGCCGCAGGUGCCCAUCACCAUGCUGCCCAAGGGUCACGCGGCUCGUCUGCGGGCGCAGGAGCAGAAGUGGAAGAGUCGAGCACGCCUCACCGACACCAGCUUUGGGUUCCUGGAGGCGCAGCGGGUGGAGGAGGAGAGGGUGGAGGAGGAGCGCAGGUCUGGCUCAGAGCUCCAGCAGGAGGAGCGGGACUGGUGCUUCGAGCGGCCGCAGACUGAGACCUCCUCCUGCUUCCGGCUGGAUGAGUUCCGCUCGCUGCUGCUGCCCGACAACAACCGCCCGCUGGACCAGAGUGUGCUGCCGAAGGUCAAAGAGCUGCUGACGCAGACCGACGCCAGGACCACCGCACUGCACAUGCUCAGCGUCAACUGCCAGGUGGCUCGGGUUACAGGUGUGACGGCGGAGCAGAAGAGGAUCAUGGGAGUGGAGACGGGUUUGGAGCUGGUCACUCUGCCGCAUGGAGGACAGCUCAGACAGGACCUGCUGGAGAG